UUUUUUGAUUUCAGAUACAGACAGCGACAAGUCGGAAACGAAUAUAUCUUUACGUUAACCAGCUUUACAAACUGUUUUUUCCCCCCAUAUCGAAACAGGUGUUCACAUUAUGAAUUAGCUGUUUACAUCAGCGCACCCAAGUAGUCGUCUCAGGUUGUCAUCGAGCUAAAGACUGUAAGCCAACAUGAGUCCAGAAGGAAAGACCCUGCUGAACAUCAUAAUCCUGGGCUUGGGGUUCAUGGUUAUGUUUACUGCCUUCGGCACCUGCGGGAAUAUUGAACAAACCGUGAUAAAGAGUUUCAACAGUACAGAGUUUCAUGGAAGUGGCUACACAAGCAUGGCGAUUAUCUAUGCCGUAUUCUCUGCGUCUAACCUUAUAGCGCCCUCGGUGAUAGCUGUCAUUGGACCUCAGUUGUCUUUGUUUUUUAGUGGACUUGUUUACAGUGGUUAUAUUGCUGUUUUCAUUCAUCCGUACACCUCGUCAUUCUACACUUUAUCUGUGUUGCUCGGAAUCGCAGCUGCAGUGCUCUGGACGGCCCAAGGGAAUCUGCUCACCAUCAACUCCAAAGAUUCCACCAUUGGAAGAAACAGUGGAAUAUUUUGGGCUUUGAUGCAGUUUAGCUUAUUCUUUGGUAAUCUCUACAUAUAUUUUGCCUGGCGUGGCAAGAGUCACAUAACAAGUCUCGAGCUCACCUUUUACAGUGGGGUGUAUGGGACAUGUUUAGGGGCCAUGACUCAAUUUGGACAUGACGCCAAGGGUCUUAUCGGCCUCUCUGGAAUUUUGAUUGGUGUUGGUGAAAUACUUGGUCUCGAGCUCACCUUUUACAGUGGGGUGUAUGGGACAUGUUUAGGGGCCAUGACUCAAUUUGGACAUGACGCCAAGGGUCUUAUCGGCCUCUCUGGAAUUUUGAUUGGUGUUGGUGAAAUACUUGGAGGAGGAGUAUUUGGGAUUCUGGAUAAGUGUAAUCGUUUCGGCAGAAACCCGGUGGUGUUUUUGGGGCUGUUUACCCAUAUUGUGGCAUUCUACCUCAUCUUCCUCAACAUAGCCAGUGAUGCUCCCGUGGCCCCAGAGGAAGGCACACAAAUGCAGGCUUUUAUCCAACCCAGUGUGACUGUGGCACUGAUAUGCAGUUUCCUGCUGGGUCUGGGUGAUAGUUGUUUCAACACUCAGCUCAUCAGCAUUGUGGGCUUCUUGUUCCGGGACGACAGUGCCUCAGCAUUUGCUGUCUUUAAAUUUGUACAGUCCAUCACAGCUGCGGUGGCCUUCUUCUACAGCAACUACCUUCUCCUCCACUGGCAGCUGCUCAUCAUGGUGCUGGUGGGCUUCCUGGGCACCAUUACUUUCUUUGUGGUGGAGCGGGGCGUUAUCAGCAGUCGACAGGACUCUUAUUAUGACAGUAUCUGAUAGGACUGAAGUGCCAGAACUACCGUCUCAUCUCCAGCCAUCAGCAUCAGUGUGCAGAUCUACAAAACCAUCUUCAACAGCCAUUUUCUUCUUUGGUUUAGCUCUUGAGAUGUCUCCUGUGGGAGCACCUAGUCCAUGUAUCCAUUCUCGUUUUCAAGCGAAUUGGCUGUAUAGACUCUUUUCUUUACGUGCACUUACGAUACGUUUACUCCUCAGAUGGGAUCAAGGAUCAAGUGCUAUAAUGCAAUAAAAGGUUUGUUCACAUUUUUUACUUUUCACCUAGCAUUAUACUGUGCAAUUCCAGAAACCUGUAACUAUGGUCUCAUUAUCUUUCCAACCAUGCUUAUUUUCUUGAACAUUAAAGUGCCCCUAUUAUGGGUAAUGAAAGGUUCAUAUUUUGGUUUUGGGAGUCCCCAACAA